CUCUGUGAAUGGCCGAUUUCGAUUCGUUAUCGUUAUAACCAUUAUAUAUUAUUUACAUUGCCAUUAAAAUGAGCUGACGUGGAUAGUUAAAGCCUCAUAACUUAUGCAUUCCAGUUGAACGUAACGCAUAAUAAGUGUUUGUGAUAAUGGCCGGGGCGCCGGUAAAAUUGGGAUCUGUUUUGUCUGUUUGUAUAAUUUUCUACGCUACAUAUUACAAAAAACAUGACAUAGAAGAUUUGAGAUUGUCUCCGGUAAAGGAGAAUUUGCUGUCUCUGGAGAUUGAGAACAGAGUUGCUUCAGGAAUCAGCCAACCGAAAGUCGCUCUUGGCUAUGGAGCGUGUCAUGACCUCUUCGUUAACGCAACGUCAUUGUUAAACCCAAAAGACUUGUCGGGCGAGCCGGAACAUUUUAGUGAAAUAACGAAUAAAGAAACGUUUCUAAAAAGCUUCACAUACUUCUUCAAACACGGAGCUGCUGCGGAACGAUUUAUGUCAAACGGGGAACUCUAUGAUGAACUUGUCGAACAAGCUCUAAAACUACCAGACACAAGAUGGGCUAUUGGGGGUAAUGCUCCUCUAAUGGCAAAGAGGUUUUUUAUUGAAGGCUGGAAAGUAUUGUUGGGCGGUAAAAUGAGUAAAAAGUUGAAAUCAUACAUUCCAAAUGAAAUACAAAUAGUCGGUGAUGAUAAGAACGAGGAUGUUAAAGACGAUAUUCACAUGAUAUUAGAGUAUAGGGCGGACGAAACAUUUGGCCCCUUUAAAUCCCCUCGGGCAAAUAGAUUCAUCAUGCACAACGAUGAAAACAACCCUCUGCUAACUUCACUCGAGAAAUUAGGUGAAAAUUUACACAAAUUCAGUCCCAACCUAUUAGUUAUUAGUGGAUUGCAAAUGAUGGAUAACUUUCCAUUCAAACAUAAUGGUAAAGAUUUAAGACUAGAAAGACUGAAUUUAGUUAAGGAGCAAAUUUUAUCACAGCCAUUGGAUACUUUAACUCAUUUUGAGAUGGCAAGUUAUGUUGACCUGGAGCUGCUGUUACACCUCACAACUAAAGUUUUGCCAUUUGUUGACUCCGUUGGUAUGAACGAACAGGAGCUGUCAAACCUCUGUAGCGUGCUAGAAUAUGGAAAGGUUAUUGUUGUUGCCGACUCAAAUCCAAGGGUAGCGACAGCAUUAGAUCAAAUGCGUAAAAUAUUCCAUUUAACAAGAAAACUGAACAAAGAACACGGAAGUAAAAGAAAAUUAACUAGAAUACAUGUACAUACUCUGGCUUAUCAAGCAAUAUUGACCAUCAAAAGCUCUAACUGGAAGCGGACAAAAGCAGCAGCAGCUAAGGCUUCACUAAUAGCCCACAGAUAUGUGUGUAAUGACCAGAAUAUUGACUUGGAAAAAAGUAAACUGUUGCUAGAUGACAGUUUUUCAACAACAACCCAUAAUAACAACAGCAGAGUGUUCUUUGAGCCGACACAGCCAGUGUCAUGUUGGGAAGAACUUCUUGACAGUGAGCAAGUUGAUAUCUGUGUGGCCCCCGUACUUAUCUGCACUGAAGCACAGCUCACCGCUGGCGCAGGAGACAAUAUAUCAGCCGCCGGACUCGUCUUGCAAGUUGAGAAAUAAAUUCAUAGAUGGAACAAAAUUUAUCUAAACUAUAAUUAAGCUUAUGAGAAAAUUUAUCUUAUGAUUUUUACUAUGGUUAUAUCCAUUCCACUUAAAGGCAUUUAAGUUUAAAAUACAUAUUUUAUGCUGACUAAUGUUCGGAUUACGAACAUAACUGCCACUAAAGUAAGUUUGUGCUAGUCGAUUAUUGAGUCAAAAUAUAUAAUUUGUCACUAUUAUUGGAUUUGUACAACAGAUAGCAAUAUAGCAGUGAGGGUAACUGUGUGUUUUUAAAAUUAUGUAGUAUAUGAUAUUAACAUUAGCUUUUUCAAUGAUUCUAUAUGUGUACUUAUAAGAGCAAUAUUAGACUUUGUUAUGUGGUAUUUUUAUAGGAUAUUCAAGUACAAUUUUCAUUGAACGUAAAUGGUAAGACAUUCCUAAUUUAUUUCAAAUAUAUUGUGUUAAUAAAAAUUAUAUAUCAAUUUUUUUAUCGUUUAUUUAUUUAAAAAAAAAAACUUACUUAAACAUGAUAACUAGUAUAUAGGGUUAAAUAACUUACAAUUUAGUUGUUUUGAAACGCUAUAAGUAAAUUUUAUAAUAGUCUAUACAAAAAUUUAAAGGAAUGUGUUAGUAUUAUAUCUACAACGAAAACAUUGACACCAUGUUAUAGUAAAAUAUGGAGACGCAAUCCUUAAAACUAUUAAAAAAUGGCCGAUAUAAUGCCAGAUUCAUGUGUAACAAUUAAUUUAUGGCAUAUAGUCAUUAUUUCAUAUACCCUUACCCAUAGCGUUGGUUCGGUAGGACUAUCUACAUUAAGGAUACACAGCUUAUUAGUUAGUGCAUGCAAUGUAUGCUAUAAUACUCAAUGAUAAUAAACAAGGUUACAGCAAAUAAUAAAUUUAAAUCUUAAAAUAUUACAGGCAUUCAUAUAAAUAACAUUCCCGUUUUAAUUUACAAUAAGAAUGUAAAAUUUAAAACCCA